CUUUAUUAAUUUAUGAAUCAAGGACUUUUCGCAUAAUGGAUUUCAACAAAGCCUUAGAUUACUUAAAAUCGUUCUGUACCAAUCUAUGUAGAUACUAGCUUUACUAGUACAAUAACAAUUGAUAUAAAAUAAAAUAUGCUUAUUAGUGAUAUUUCCAAAUUCAUUCAUUUAGAUGGCGAAAAAUAAAACUUAAAUCUUGUUCUAAUACAUUCUUCUGUUUAGAGGAGAUUAUGGGAUUAUGAAAAAGUUGAAGAUGUUUUACAUAAUUCUAAUAGCAAAUUAGUGGUUUGCGAUUUUUAGAAAAAAUAACAGCCCAUUGUUUAAAAAUAACCCAAAUAUUUUGGUAUUGAUAUUAGUUUAAUGAAGAUGAUAAUUUUAAAGCAUACGGAAAACUCUUAAAAAAAAAUAAAUUGGGCGUUUAUGUUGUUACAUAAGUCUAUUUGUCUUCAACAUAUUUUGGAUUUAAAAAUGAAAGGAAAGGUAUAAAUAUUAAGACUAUUUAGAGAAAAUAAAAUUGAGUAGUUUAAAUAAUGUGAGAUUAUUUACUUGGUAGAAUAGUACAAAAUUCGAUUUCUAAAUUGAAAACGAAAGAAAAUUGUAUCUUUUUCAAGCAUUCAAAGAAAAUGACUACUCAUAUUGGAUUAGAAGUAUUUCUGAAUCUUUGAACGCAGCUUAAUAUAAAUCUUAGCUUUAAAGCUUAGAUGAUAAAAUUUAAAUAGCAACUAGAAAUUAAAUUAAUCGAAUUGAAGAAUUUGCAUAAGAUUCGCUUCAAUAAAUAAACAUUAGUGGUAAUUAUUUAUAAUAACUAAAAUUUUAAAUCACUGAUAUUUGUGAUAUUAAUAUAAUUGAAUUUCUUUUAACAAAAAAUAAAGAUUUAGUUGCAGAAAUUUUUAAACAAAUUGAAAAGGAUUCAUAUAAUUUAAUUAAGCCAUUAGAAUCUUAACCUUAAGAAUAACAUUUAAGAAUAUUUACUUCAAGAUAUCAUUCAUUAAUUGAAAAAAAUAUUGAUUUAGAUAAGCUGGUCGAACAGCUAAAUGAUGAAAUUAAUUCAGCUUAUUUAGGCUUUUUAAGAAUAUAAAAGAUAAGAAAUAAAAUAAUUCAUUAAGCUUGUAUUUAAUUUAAAGAAUAAUUUGAGGAGUUGACUCCAAAAUUUGAUUAGUUUUAUAGUUGA